AUGAACGACUUCAUGCGCAAAGUGUACAUCGCGUACUUCGCGACGCACGUGCCGGCGACGAUUUUGAUCGACUCUCAAGCGAUCGUUCCCGAGAAAUACGUCCCGUCUUUCGCUCGACAGUUGCUGAAGUUCCACAUCAAACAAAACGAUGACUUCCUCAUGCUCGAACAACCGAUGUGGUUGAAAAGUUUUAUCGUUUGCGAAGUCUUGGUGCAACUGCCGAUGUUUUACGUCUUGUUGAGAAAGCUUUUACGUAAAGAGGAGACGAAUAUUCGAUGGAUGGGAGUUGGAUAUUCCAGUCACGUGAUGACAACCAUGGUUCCAAUAUUAACGGAAAUCUAUCGCAGAGGGAGUUUAACCUUGUUCUUGAUUUACUUUCCGUACUUUUUUGUGCCUUUACUGUUGUUCUAUUCGCUGGCGACGAGCCGAGAAGGGCACGUGUUCGAAAGAAAAAGACGAAGCGCAACAGCGAAGAGGAAAUGA